UAACGAUCAAGUGCUGACCUGCCCAGCCCUUCACAGCACCGGAGAAGCUGCCGCCGCGCCGCUCCAUCCGCGUGGGAUAUCAUCAUGUCCAUCUUUGGCAACUCGGAUAGAUUCGUCGCAGAUGCAGCGAGGUCACCCGGGCCCAUUUACCACAGCCACGUCGAAUCACUGGAGCAUUCGCCCAAGAAAGGUGCGAUUGCCCUUCGACGAGAUCACGCGCAGCCCCAACCAGAUGCGACGGGAGGGCAUGGCCAUCGGGAUAGCUGGAUCAAGGGGCAAUUCUCGCCCAGCAUUUCCAUCCACGACUCGGGCAUUCAUCUGUCGCCGAGUCACUACGACGCGGACGUUUCCAUCAUCAAGUCUCGGUUCCCAAGCCUCAGUUUUCCAAAAUCCGAACGCUUCUUGUCGCAGAAAGUAUGCAUGACGGACAAACGCCACCAGCGCGAACUCAUCGCGACCGACAGCCCAGGACCAAAAUACAACGUGGAAGUGCGGCAGUACAAGACACAAGCACCCAAGUACACGUUUCAAAAAGGCCAAGUCCAGUGUGUGAAAGCGGGGUCACCAGUCAAGAGCCAUCGAGAGUCCUGGCUGUCUGUGAUCAAUCGAAAAGGCGUCCUCUUGAGCCCUCCAGCGCACCAAUCUAGGACGGACGAUAUGUCCAACGUCGCCCCGUCGAUGCUUGCGUCGGAGAACCAAACGAGUGAAUACGGGAUGCGACCGACGUCCACGUCCAAAUUCGGCACCGCGCCCCGGUUUGGGCUUCGAGAAACGCGACGAAAAGACCAAAGUACCGUCGGCAUGCAGCGAGUGCAGUACAUCUCAGCGCGGCAUGCUCGGGAAAACAUGGGCGAAUUCUCCCCUGGCCCCAUUUACACUCCCUAUAAACCCCCGCGCCCGGGCGGGCGCCUUGCGCCAGCUACAAAGUUGAGUUCGCCGACCAAGUACGACGAGAUACGAGGUACUUUGUCCGCCUUGGGUGCCCUGCACUACAUGUCGACCUCCUAGCGCCAGACACAAACCUGAGCAGUCGAAGUUGUUGGCUAUCGGGAAACAUUCGAAAGAACUCGGGGCGCGAAAUCAUGCUGAUGAAAACGGGCGACAUGGCUCCUGGCCCGGGGGCGUACUCGCACUCAUCGUCCGCAUUUGCCAGCGCUAACUUUUCACACAAUGUCAAAGUGAAGCGAAAGGAUUUACAAGCACACGCUCCGCCAAGGGGUGGUGGCUGGAAUGGAAGGAGCCCGCGAGGUCGACCUUCACCGAAAGAACCCACCAUUCAAGACGUCCCAGUCGAGCCCUCCUCGAGUCCCCACGCAGACGAAAUCCCCCCGCCGACGGCAACAUGAUCAUCCUGGUAGCAAUCCUUAAUAUAUGCCACUUCGGUGCCGGCUCAAGCACGUAAACAACACUUUGCAUGUUCGAAGAUGACUUUUCAAUAUUGAUAAAAUAUUCAGUGCCAG